AUGCCCAUGGACAAGAUCACGGGCCAAUACACGAGCAUCAAUGAAGACGUUCUCAGCACUUCCGGAUCUACGACGCGUAUUCCUAUCCAGAUCUACGAAUGCCAGUCUGAGGCCAUGAGCUAUGGUAAUUACGGUCCUUACAUGUAUGAUCAGUUCCACCUGCCGACGAAGAGCAUUCUCUUGGGUUCCGUGUAGCUCUUGAGAUCUUGGACUAGCAGCUCACGAUCCACGCAUAAACUCUCCUUUUCGAAUUCUAGUGCCUGGCCAGCAGCCGCAACUACUAAAGCACUAACGUUGUAGACCAGAUCUUGUUGUGCUACGCACUGUGCAGCUUAGACGAGACGCUGGCCCCCGUGUCCUAACCGUCGGUGAUAUCAUUUGUUCUUUCAAACCCCCACUGGUGGAUUGAUGUAUGUAAAUCUGAUGUGCUACUUGUGAGG